UUUUGGUUCCAAAAACUUAUCAUCUAUGUACUUUACCCUAAUAUAUGCCCCAAAUCCAAACAUUUCCAAAUCUCAUUCAGGAAAUUCGUCGAACAUCUGUUGUGUGUGUACUUCGUAGUAAUCUUGCUCCAAACGUGUUUAUGUCACGAUCCUAAAACUUGAACGAAGGCUACGUGUGAACCUACAUACCAACUUAUAACAAAUAUUACGAACCAAAUCUUCAUCCCAAAACGACUUCAAAAUGAACCGUUUCAUGCCUUGUCUUCUCAUCCACCAUCGUCACCUUCACCAACUUCAAAAUGCCGGUCCUCUUUGCUCUCACUUAAAGUCCCGGUCCGUAAUACGAUUCUCGGGACCCGACACCAUCAAAUUCCUUCAGGGUCUUUUAUCCAACGAUGUACGGAGGUUCGGUGAAUCCCCAAAUGAAGAUAACUCGCCCGUAGUUCCGCCUAUGUAUGCAGCUCUUUUGACUCCUCAAGGAAGGUUUUUGUAUGACUUCUUCUUGUAUAGACAAUCCCGGCCGGAGGAGAAGCUGGACAGGAAUGGGUUGGUGGAGAUUUUGGCCGAUGUUGAUGGGUCGGUCUUGGAUGAGUUGUUGGCUACUCUUAAGAAAUACCGGUUGAGGUCUAAAGUUGAUAUUGAGAAUGUGGCAGAAGACUUCUAUUGCUGGCAGAGGUAUGGUCGGGGUCUGUCUGAAAAGACCCCAUCCGUUGAAGAACCAGUGGCAGCUUCAGUUGGUUGGAGGGGUGGCGACGAUCGUUCUGGCAGUUCAGCUUCAAAUGGAAAUGAUGUUGGAUGGCAAUGGUUUAAGGAUCCUAGAUUGGAUUGUCUCGGUUUUAGGGGAAUUUUCCCAUCUGGUACCACGCCACCUUUAGUUGAGUCCGAUAAAGAAACGGAUGAAGAGAAAUACCUUUUGUGGAGAUUAGAAAAGGGAGUUGCAGAAGGCUCAACUGAAAUUCCAAAAGGGGAGGCAAUUCCACUUGAAUACAAUUUUGCAGGCCUAAAUGCAAUCAGCUUCGAUAAAGGGUGCUAUGUCGGGCAAGAGCUUAUAGCUCGUACACACCACAGGGGGGUUAUUCGCAAACGUUUGCUUCCUUUAAAGUUUCUUGAUAAUAACGGAAAAGAGGUAGAAAGGAAAGUUACUGCUGGUUCGGAGGUGAUUAACACUGCCUCCGGUAAGAAAACAGGGAGUGUGACCACUGCAUUUGGUUUUUGUGGAAUGGGUGUCUUGCGGCUAGAAGAAGCCUUCAAAGGGUCUGAUUCAUUGACAAUACUGGGACAGGAAGAUAUAAAGGUUGAAGCAAUUAGAGCAUCAUGGUGGCCCUCAGAAUGGUUUCGAGAUCAGCAACAUACAGCAGUCGCAUAGACUGCCUUACAUGCAUUGAUAAGUUAACCAGGUUUUCGGCCUGGCUUGGCAGUUCACAUGGUACAAGACACCGGAACAAGGGACUCCUCCAUGUGUCCGUGCUUCAUAGAUUAUAAAUUCUUCUGGAAGAGAGCUUGAUGCCAUUUUGUUUGAAUUUCAGUUUAGCUGUAACUUCAAGAAAUAGAAAUGAAGGCAAGAAGAAAGUAGAACAUUUGCAAA